AUGGCUUAGUAGAAAUGCAAAAAUAAAAUAAAUCAUAGAUAGCGGUAGGGAGAUUGGAUAUGUAGUAAUUGCAAUAAUAUGAAUUUUGCAUUUAGAGACACAUGUAAUAGAUGUCAAACAUUGAAGAAUCAAAAAGAUAAUGAAAAUAAGGGAUUCAAAUCUGCAUUGUUUUUAACAGAGAGCAAUGGUGAUAUUCCACCAAUAUCUGAUAGAUCUAAUAAAUCUUCUGGUGAGAUAAAAGAUAAUGGCAAUAAUAAGUUUUCAUUUGAUAAAUUACCAUCAAUGGAACCAAUUUUGAAAUAAAUUACAAAAGAGACAUGUAAAAAACAAUUAAAUUAAAAGAAUAAAAAUAUGAUUUAUUUGAGUUUGAAUGGUAGUGCUAAAAAUGUGAAAAGAUUAAUUAAUACUAUAAAAUUCACUGUGCUGAAUGCGGAGCUUAAAGGUACAGAAAAUUAACAGUAUGAUUUUAUUAACCUAAAUCGGGGGUUUUUUUUGAUAAAAAUGGUUAAAAUUCUCUUCUUUUUAUUCUCAAUUUUAGAAGGGGGUUAAAACAAAAGAUAAACAAUAUAAUAAAAUAAAUAAUUUUUUACUUUAUUAAUAAAAUUUAACUGUUAAGAUAAUGAAAGACAUGUCCAAGAAGAUCUUUGAAAAAGAGAAUUAAGCAGAGGUGUCUAAUAACCCUAGACAUUAAAAUAAAUCUUUAACUUAAUUGGUAUCAUUAACAUAGAUUGGUGGAAAUAGAAGUAAUAAAUUAAUAUUAUAUAUAUAAGAAAUGAAUUAAAGAGUAUAGAAUUUAAAAAUAAUAAUUCUACAUCUAUAUUUCAUCACGUCCAUUAGUAUUUUGUAAACCAGAACAUAAAUUAAAAACCUAAACACCUUCUUCUCCAUAAAAAUAAUCACCUAUAAAACCUAAAUAAGUAGAAACACAAUCAAAUGAAUUAUGUAAAUUAAUAAACAAUUAUUCAGAACCUAUAUUAGAUUAUUAUAUAGAAUUAAAUGUAAAUAUUUAUUAUAAUUAUUAAAAUAGAAUUUAACACCAAAAAAUUGUUUGUCUAAUCACACAGUCAGUGCAAAUCUUAGAGCAAAGAUGGUUGAUUGGAUGGUUGAAGUACUUACUUCAUAUAAAUGCAAAGAUUAAACAUUCUUUUUUGCUGUUAAAUUGAUGGAUACCUAUCUAUCUAAAACAUAAUAAAAACAUAUACCUUAAGAUUUACAUUUAAUUGGUGUGACUACUAUGUUUAUGUCUUGUAAAUAUGAAGAAAUCUAUCCAGUAAAAUUAUAAAUUGUACAUGAAAAAAUUGCACAUAAAAAAUUAACUAAAGAUGAGAUUAAAGAUAAAGAAACUAAUAUUCUAAGUACUCUAGAUUUUAAUUUGGUUGGUAUUACUGUAUUAGAUGUAAUUACUAUNUUAUUAUUAAUUAUUAUAAUAAAUAUAAUGGCUUAGUAGAAAUGCAAAAAUAAAAUAAAUCAUAGAUAGCGGUAGGGAGAUUGGAUAUGUAGUAAUUGCAAUAAUAUGAAUUUUGCAUUUAGAGACACAUGUAAUAGAUGUCAAACAUUGAAGAAUCAAAAAGAUAAUGAAAAUAAGGGAUUCAAAUCUGCAUUGUUUUUAACAGAGAGCAAUGGUGAUAUUCCACCAAUAUCUGAUAGAUCUAAUAAAUCUUCUGGUGAGAUAAAAGAUAAUGGCAAUAAUAAGUUUUCAUUUGAUAAAUUACCAUCAAUGGAACCAAUUUUGAAAUAAAUUACAAAAGAGACAUGUAAAAAACAAUUAAAUUAAAAGAAUAAAAAUAUGAUUUAUUUGAGUUUGAAUGGUAGUGCUAAAAAUGUGAAAAGAUUAAUUAAUACUAUAAAAUUCACUGUGCUGAAUGCGGAGCUUAAAGGUACAGAAAAUUAACAGUAUGAUUUUAUUAACCUAAAUCGGGGGUUUUUUUUGAUAAAAAUGGUUAAAAUUCUCUUCUUUUUAUUCUCAAUUUUAGAAGGGGGUUAAAACAAAAGAUAAACAAUAUAAUAAAAUAAAUAAUUUUUUACUUUAUUAAUAAAAUUUAACUGUUAAGAUAAUGAAAGACAUGUCCAAGAAGAUCUUUGAAAAAGAGAAUUAAGCAGAGGUGUCUAAUAACCCUAGACAUUAAAAUAAAUCUUUAACUUAAUUGGUAUCAUUAACAUAGAUUGGUGGAAAUAGAAGUAAUAAAUUAAUAUUAUAUAUAUAAGAAAUGAAUUAAAGAGUAUAGAAUUUAAAAAUAAUAAUUCUACAUCUAUAUUUCAUCACGUCCAUUAGUAUUUUGUAAACCAGAACAUAAAUUAAAAACCUAAACACCUUCUUCUCCAUAAAAAUAAUCACCUAUAAAACCUAAAUAAGUAGAAACACAAUCAAAUGAAUUAUGUAAAUUAAUAAACAAUUAUUCAGAACCUAUAUUAGAUUAUUAUAUAGAAUUAAAUGUAAAUAUUUAUUAUAAUUAUUAAAAUAGAAUUUAACACCAAAAAAUUGUUUGUCUAAUCACACAGUCAGUGCAAAUCUUAGAGCAAAGAUGGUUGAUUGGAUGGUUGAAGUACUUACUUCAUAUAAAUGCAAAGAUUAAACAUUCUUUUUUGCUGUUAAAUUGAUGGAUACCUAUCUAUCUAAAACAUAAUAAAAACAUAUACCUUAAGAUUUACAUUUAAUUGGUGUGACUACUAUGUUUAUGUCUUGUAAAUAUGAAGAAAUCUAUCCAGUAAAAUUAUAAAUUGUACAUGAAAAANUUAUUAUUAAUUAUUAUAAUAAAUAUAAUGGCUUAGUAGAAAUGCAAAAAUAAAAUAAAUCAUAGAUAGCGGUAGGGAGAUUGGAUAUGUAGUAAUUGCAAUAAUAUGAAUUUUGCAUUUAGAGACACAUGUAAUAGAUGUCAAACAUUGAAGAAUCAAAAAGAUAAUGA